AUGCACUCGAGUGUCCUUCUUGUCCUGCUGUGCUCGCUCAUCGUCUCGUCGGUGGAUUCCAGCCCGGAAGGGCCACCCUCCUCACCAGCGAGACGCAAGCGGUACGUGGUGUUUCCCGAGGGAUCGAGUUUUUCCAUCGCCCUGUGCCUGACCGUCCACACCCUCACCCCCGACAACAUAUUCACGGAGGGCGUCAACUGGGGGAUCUCCUACGACCUCCCCAACGAGAGCAAACCGGAGCUCGACCCGUUCCUCCAGCUGAGACGCGACCGCGUCCGGACGAAGCUCAAGUACCACGCGCCGGCCGGUGGCGGCGAAAACGACCAUCACCACGGGAACCGGCAACCCAACUACUACGGGUCGUCUUUAUCCAAGCUGGACGGGGUUGGGAAAACGGCUUAUCACGGGGAUGCCGAUGAGCAUCACUACUACCUGCAGAGGCGCUACCGGAGAAACCUCUACAAUAAGCUGGAGGUCGUUGUAGACGCGAUGGGGUUCGACGGGAGACGGUGCGUCCUGCGAGCGCUGUGCGAGGCCUCUCGGCGCCUCAUGCCGCGCGGCAAGACUCUGGUCGAAGAAAUGAUAAGGGUGGUAUUCGCACUGCCGGUGGACGAGUUGUUCUCCUUCGAGCCGGAGGACCAUCACGCUUACGCCCGGGCUUACGGAGAGACGCGCGAUUGCGCGACGGCGUUCCCCGAGUGCGGUUUCUCGCUCGUCGACAUGGCUCUCGGCAGGUACAGCGGAAAUGUGGAAAGUUCGUCGCUAGGAGGCCGGAUCGGAGACGCGAUGCUGACGGCCAGGCUGGCGCGGUUCAUCAUGAAGUAG